GUUGUACGUCCUUCCAGCUGUGGUUUUAGUAGCACUGUUGAUAAUUGUUGUGGUACUCAUCAGACGGAAGAGAGCUAAAGUGAACAAAACACAGAUGGAUGACAGCACUGGACUGAGCUUAAACCCUGCAGAGACUCAGCCUGCUCCAGAAACCAGUCAGGACACGGAUGAUCCUGAAGGUGGUGUUUCCUACGCCUCCAUCAGCUACACAAGGAAGACCGACAGUAAAGCCCGGGUUCGGGGCAAAGAUGAGUCUGAUGAAGAUGAUGCAGUGACCUACAGCACUGUAAAAGCUUCCUCCUCUUCUGCUGCAGCCUCCACUGAUCCCAGCAGCCUCUACGCUACCAUCGGCUAACCAAACAAACCAAACUCACAUCAUUACAUGAUUCAUUUUUUAUGAUCAGUUUCAGAAUGUAAUGCUCAAAAAAGCUGUUUAUCCAGAAAGGGUGUCGUAAGUUAAGUAGUAUCACAAUGUAAAAAGGAGAAGUAAUAAAGCAAAAUUCAUAUGAUAGUUUCUUGAAAUAUAAAUUAACAUAAGAUAUGUUACAUUUUACUUAAUGAACCUGCUAUCAAACGCUUAUUGUGCUCAGUGAUGGAUGUGGUAGCAUUGUAGUUCAAGCUUUAAAAUCUUGUUUUCAUUUUAAACGUGUUGCCUGUAAUGAUCAGUUUUGAAUAAUUUAUUGAGGUUUAUCAAUUGUAUUACUUUUAAAAAUGCUUUUAUUCUUUAUUUACAAUGUAUAUUUUUUCAGUUUAGUAUCACCUUUAAGGUGAAGUUAGGAAUCACAUAAAAUAAGAGAAAGAAUAAAAAAGGUAAAAGUCAAUAUAAGUUAUCAUAAAAAGAACAGUAUAGAGAGUAAAACAGAAAGCUGCAAACACAGGGCUCUGACAAGAGUGAGCUCGACCGUCCCUUUGGGCUCACAACUGCUCAACAUUCACUCGCUCAUUGACUUUUGAGACUUUGGAGAUUGGAUGGAAUAGACAGUUCGCUCCUUUUUUUGGUCACUUUGAAUACUGACCAUGACCUUUGGUUGGCUGUUUGGUUUGAUCACUGACACAGUCGAAGGAGGGCAGUUUCCUGAGAGAACAAAGGUAUUUAAGUUUUUCGGACAAAACUAAAAUGUUGACCUGAUGAUGUGGUGAAGAAGGAGCUGAGCCAGUCAGUCUAUGUUCCAACCAUCACUUCUGGUCACGAGCUUUGGGCAGCGACCAAAAGAAUGAGAUCACUGAAGCAGCCGAAAUGAGUUUCCUCCGGAGGGUGUCUGGGCUCAGCCUUAGAGAUACGGUGAGGAGUACGGAGAUCCGGAGAGAGCUCGGAGUAUCGAGAUGGGCCUGUUGAGGUGGUUUGGGCACCUGGUUAGGAUGCCUCCUGGACGCCUCCUUCUGGAGGUGUUCAGACACAUCCAACUGGUAGGAGACCCCGGGACAGACCCAGAACACGCUAGAGGGACUACAUAUUUCUUCUGGCCUGGGAACACCCUGGGAUCCCCCAGGAGGAGCUGGAGGGCGUUGAAGGAUGUCUGGGUUACCUUAUCCAGUUUGAAGCCACCACCACCCGGUCCUGGAUAAGUGGUGGUAAAUGGAUGGAUGGAUGGACCUUAUGAUGGUGUUAGAAAUAUGAAGUUCAGCAACCAGGAGGACGUGACACAGAUGCCUCAUCACAAAAAAAAAGCACAAAACCAACAAGUGAAGCAAUCAUAGGGGAGUGACAUCUACAUCUCUUCACCAUACGGACGACUUUUUAUCUGAGGACACAUUAGUUCAUUAGACACUGAGAGAGACACAGCAGAAUGUCUGGUUUCAGAUGGAUUUCAUUAUUUCUGCUGCUGCUGCUUCUGACAGCAGUAACUGGACAAACUUUCCUCUCCUUCACUGUCAGAGAUGGAGAGAAAGUUACUUUGCCUUGUGAAAACGUGAUAAAGGAUCAGGAUAAAUGUAACAGUACUAACUGGCUCUUCAUUGGUUCAGGAAACACAACAGCAGUAGAGCUGAUUGUAGAGGGGCAGAUUGGUGAAAAAGCCAAAUCUAAAUCAGACAGACUGAGUGUUACAGCGAACUGUUCUCUGGUUAUAAAGAAGGUCACAGUUGAGGAUGUUGGUCGUUACAGCUGCAGACAGUUCAAAUCAGGACGACAACGAGGUCACACUCAGGUUGAUCUGUCUGUUGUUACCAUGACUGAACAUAAGAACAAUAAUGAGGUGACGUUAAACUGCUCUGUGUCGACAUAUGAUGAGUGCAGACACACAGUGAAGUGGUUGUAUAAUGGAAAAAACUUGGACACAAAUACCAGAACCAUGCAGGCAUCACAGUCUACCUGUUCGGCCACUUUGUCCUUGUUGACUUCUCAUUUUAUUUACACAUCAAAUUAUAAGUUAUUGAAGUGUGAAGUCACAGAUCUCUACAAUGAAAAAGUGCAGCUGUAUAACUUCAGUCCUCAGUUGUCCGGUGAGAAACCAGGUGAGGAAGGAAAAACAACAACAACUCAGCCAACAACAAUGACAACAAAUGAAAAUAUAACUGAAAGCAGGAAAAGAACAGGUGUGGCUGAAACAACAACAGAACCUGAAACAACGACAUCAACAACACAAGAAGGUGCAGACGCCAUAACAGCAACAACUGCAACCAAAGAUGCUACAAUUACACCACAAGGUGCAGACGCCACAACAGCAAAAACCUCAACCAAAGAUGCUACAGGUUGGUGGUGGUACAUCAUUGUGGCUGUGGGUUUAGCAGCACUCUUACUAACUGUUGUUGUGGUUGUCAUCAGACGGAAGAAAACUACAGGGAACAACAUACAGAUGGAUGAAAACACUGCUGAUCCUGAAGAUGCUGUUUCCUACGCCUCCAUCAGCUACAUCAAGAAGACCAACAGUAAAGCCCGGGUUCAGGAUGAUGAUGAUGAAGAUGAUGCAGUGACCUACAGCACUGUGAAAUUUUCCUCCUCUUCUGCUGGAGCCUCCAUUGAUCCCAGCAGCCUCUACGCUACCGUCAACAAACCCAACAAAUAAGAGAUCACAGUAUAGUUACAGCUCCUCUCAUUUUAUUACAUUGAUGACUGAUCUGUCAAGUUUAGUUAGAUUAAUAUUGUCAUGUUACUUCUCAUUUCUUUACAUAAAUGUUUGACUAUGUUUUUAUGAUGAUUUUCAGGAUAUAUUGUUGUAAAAGCUUUUUUUGUCCAGCAGGGGGUGCAGUAGGUUAACUAGUAGCAACAUGUGCAAAGGAGGCUGCUUGGAAUGUAAAUAAGCAAAAUACAGUUUAUGAUACAGUUUGAUUGAUGAACUUGCUGUCAGCUACUUUAAUGUGCUGGUGUUGUAGUUAAACAUGUAUUAGUUUUAACUUUUUACCUUUU